AUGCAAACCCGGCCAUUGAGCGCGAUGCUCCCUCUGCGACGCCAGGGCCUACGAAUACGGAAUUCGUUCCCCUGCGUUGCCCACCCGGUCAGCCCAACGUACAUAUCUUCCUCUAGCAUUGCGCUGGCAGUCAAUGUACCUGGCCGGAGAUGCCUCGCAACCCAAGUUGAAGCGCCCGCCGCAGCUCAGCAGUCUGAUGACAAAAGAGAACGGGUCGUAAUUCUUGGAUCCGGCUGGGGUGGUUAUACCCUUUCGCGCAGGCUUUCUCAAAAGAAAUACGCACCAAUGAUUGUAUCACCACGUUCAUACUUCGUCUUCACUCCUCUCCUCACCAAUACGGCCAGCGGAUCCCUCGAUUUCUCCAACAUCGUCGAGCCCGUGCGCGAUCCACGCGCCAAAGUGGAUUUCAUCCAAGCAGCUGCACGCGCAGUCGACCUGAAAAAGAAGACUGUUCUAUGCGAAGCCACAGUUGUCAAAAGCGGUGUCACCGAAUCACCUCGCACGGCUGAAAAUGAGCGACGAACCGAGGAUGGCCCGCAGACCACGAAUAUGAAGCCGAUGCAAGAACAGCGCCAAUGGGAACAAGGUGAAUUAUUCGAAGUACCAUAUGAUAAGCUUGUCAUCGCUGUAGGUGCCGUCAGUCAGACCUUUGGAACACCAGGAGUGCGGGAGAAUGCAAUGUUCUUCAAGGAUAUCGGGGACGCGAAAAGGGUCAAGCGGCGCGUGCGGGAAUGCUUCGAGCUAGCCGUGCUGCCAUUCACUACCCCAGAGAUGAGAAAGUGGUUGCUGAACUUCGCGAUUGUCGGGGCUGGCCCAACUGGCAUCGAACUUGCGGCAUCGCUGCGCGAUUUUAUCUACUCCGAUAUGAUGGCACUCUACCCGACUCUGAAUACACUCCCCAAGAUCACCUUGUACGAUGUUGCGCCUAAGGUGCUUUCGAUGUUCGAUGAAUCGCUUUCUCGUUAUGCGAUGGAGACCAUGGAGCGAGAAGGUAUUGAUAUUAAGACCUCUCACCACGUCAAAAGCUUGCGCUGGGGACCACCUGGUGCAGCUCCGCCAUACCAUAUGGAUCCGAAGCGGUGCCUGACUCUUACAACCGAAGAAAAUGGUGAAAUGGGCGUUGGCAUGUGUGUUUGGGCCACAGGUAAUGCCAUGCCUAAAUUCAUCACCGACUCCCUUGAUUCGGUCCCCGCAUACCCCAAAGACUCCAUCCAUCAAAUCGAGAGCUCUUCAGCUGUAGCGAUAGACGCCGAACACGCAUCAUGGAAAUACAAGAAGGCUCCCAAGAAAGGUCCCCUUCUCGUCGACGGACAUCUGCGGGUACAGUUGCAGAAUGAAACAGGUCAGACAGCCGUUCUUCGGGACGUGUUCGCUUUAGGUGACAACGCUAUGCCAGAGACUGGUGCGCCUCCUGCAACGGCGCAGGCCACCAGCCAAGAAUCCAAGUGGCUGGCUGAUCGUUUGAACAAAGAUGACCUGGCUCAGACCCCGCCAUUCUCUUUCCGUGACCUGGGCACGAUGGCGUACAUUGGCGACGAGCGGGCCUUGAUGCAAAUACCCCGUAAAGGUGACCGUGGCUCAAAGAGUCUCAUGCCAGAAGGUAUCAAGGGACGUACUGCCUCACUUAUCUGGAAGACAGCGUAUAUCGGCAUGAGCAUCAGCUGGCGCAAUAAAUUGCGAGUGGCCUUCCGGUGGACGGUGAAUAAGUUCUUUGGGCGGGAUGUUUCGCGAUUUUGA